GGCACACACAUGACACACAGGCACUGGCCAGAUAGAAACCACAUACACGGGGCGGGGAGGGGGCCAUGACACAUGUAACGCGGUCCGCUCACUCUCACUCUGUGCUGCAGCUGUAACACCUGCCUGUGCCUGUCCCCUCUCCUGUACCUAAUGUGUGCUGCGAGAGACCGGCUGCUAGGUCUGCUUUUAAGUCAGCUAUGCUCUCUGUUUGGAAUUUCUUGAAACGCCAUAAGAAAAAGUUUAUCUACUUUGGUGCUUUUGCUGGAGGUGUUUACCUACUGGGAAAGUAUGCACAAAGAAAAAUUGGAGAAAUUCAGGAAAGAGAAGCAGCUGAAUAUAUUGCACAGGCACGGAGACAGUAUCAUUUUGAGAGCAACCAGAGAACAUGUAACAUGACAGUGUUAUCAAUGCUCCCAGCUCUGAGAGAAGCUUUAAUGCAACAGCUGAAUUCAGAGAGUCUAACCAGUCUUCUGAAAAACAGACCUUCAAACAAGAUAGAAAUCUGGGAAGAUUUAAAGAUUAUUAGUUUCACUAGAAGUGUAGUAGCUGUUUACAGUACAUGUAUGCUUGUUGUUCUCCUUCGAGUUCAGUUAAACGUUAUCGGUGGAUAUAUCUAUCUGGACAAUUCUGGGGGAAAAAACUGUAAUGAGCUCCAAGCAUCACCUGAGGUGCAACAGCAAUAUUUGUCCAGUAUUCAGCACCUACUAGGAGAUGGUCUUACCGAGCUGAUAACACUUGUGAAACAGGCAGUCCAAAGGGUGUUUGGCAGCUUGUCUCUAAAGCACUCCCUUUCACUCACGGAUUUGGAGCAACAUGUUAAGGAAAUCCGUAGGCUGGUAGAAGAGUGUAAUCAGACCUCGGGUCUCAAAGACCCACCCAACAAGUCACAUUUAUGCCGAUACAUGAUGCCUGAUGAAGAGAACCCAUUGACAUCACAGGCAUGUGGACUAACCGAGAAAGAUGUCACCACGAUUCGGCUACUGAAUGAAACCAGGGACAUGUUGGAAAGUCACGACUUUAGCACAGUGUUGAAUUCAUGCCUAAGUCGAGGCUUUGGAAGGCUUCUUGACAGCAUUGCUGAGUUCUUUCGACCUAACGAGCAAGAACUGAAUCAAAACAGCUCAGCGCACAGCCUCUCCAGCAUUAGUCUUCCUGUAGCCAAAAUUAUUCCUAUAGUUAAUGGACAGAUCCACUCGAUAUGUAGUGAGAUGCCCAAUCACUUUGUACAGGAACUCUUACUCAUGGAGCAAGUAAAGGACUUCGCUGCCAACGUGUAUGAGGCUUUUAGCACACCCCAACAGCUUGCAAAAUAACCUUUUAUCCGGCCGUGUGCUCAUGUAAUAGUCCACUGCUAAGGACCCAGUGGAACACCAAUGUUUACAGACUGUAUAUGACAUUCCUAUUCAUUGAAAUAAGGUAAAAUGUCUGUGCUGACGGGAAGAAUGAACACUUCCUGCUAUGUACCAUGUCGACGUGGCAAUGGAAAUAUUUGCUAUUCAGUCAGUACAGCAUGAAGCACCUGUUUUAUAUCAUUCACCAGGAUGUCAUCUGCGACAAGUCUAUGAUAUAGAAUACCUUAAUAAUAUAAUAGAUUUAUUUAUGAAUCUGCAUUUUGGGUACAGAAAAGAACAUAAACUUUAUAGUAUAAACAAAAUGAAUGUGGCAUGAUUUUCCCAAAAGGCCUUAGCACUAUCUUGGUUAUAACCAGCAUAUUGUUCAAUUGUAUUUGAUUUUAAUGUUAUUGAUUAAAUUAUUAAUGGUAAACGGAGGGUUGUAUUAAAAAAUAAAAUAAGUUGUGGCUCCUGCCACCCAAAGCAUUUGUUAAUGAAUACAUUAUGCAAGUUUGUAUCACUUCUGUGCUGGACGAUAGUCCUAUUGUCUGUAGAGACAGGGCGGUGUUCUGUAUUGAGCAUUAUCUUUCCUAUUUCUCACAGUCAAAUAAAACUUUCAUUCUCUGAAAAUAAAUUGCAUUAAGAAUUAAAAAAAAUAAGUUUCCCCCCCUAGAGUGUACUACACAAUCACAACAUACAAGACCAGCAUAUGUAAAAUCAAUAUACUUACAGUUGUGAAUACAGUAAUCAGACAAGGGCCAACAGGUAAUCCUAGGAAAAUAAAUGAGUUAUUUACUGUUUUCAUCAGUUCAACCACAUUUAUAAAUUCAUCUGGGACAGAUGCUUCUAUGUUUUUGUAGACUGAUUAAAAUUUUGCUCGAGUAAUAGAUCUCCACUGUAUGUUGUCCCUAAUGUAGUGGUUUAUCUAUCAAGAGUGGAGAAGUUGUCCAUCGCAAGCAAUUAACUUUGAGGUAGCGUUGAGGAAGUACAUUCUAUAAAAGGAUAGGUAGAAGCUAGUUGAAUGCCAUGGGCAACUUCUUCACUGGUUCACUACUCCACUCUUUUCACUGUUUGAUACAUCAGCCCCUUAAUUACAUAAAUGGAACUGUAGCUGUAUAGACAACACACAUUUACAGUUCUUUAUGUUUCUAUCACUAUUGUACACUCAUGGGAAAACAUCGUUUUUUGGCUUGACUUGAUGAAAUUUGAAACCUGGAGAUCUAUAAAUGUUAUGUAGCGCUCCUUCAUGUUAUUACUUAACAAUACACUAAGGUUAAGCUAUUAGAUUAAUUUUGCUUUUUUGAGUGCAGUAAUUGAUAUUCUAAUGUAUUUUACUUAUUCAAGCUGUUUAUUAUGAGAGCUUUGAAUACUGUAACCCAGUUGCUGUAUGCAGCCCACUGUAGAUAUUUUUUUAUUGAAAAGUGGCAGUUUAGCCUAUGAAAUGUCUGUACUUCAAUAAAGUGGCUUUUUUAAGUAAUAACCUGUCUGCUACACUUAUGUGCAGAAGUCAGCAUAUAAAACAUUUUUAAUAUGCUUACAUUAUUCCUAAUACCUGUUGCAUUUUAGUGAUCAGAAGAUCUAAUAAUGUUAUUACAAGUUUUAUGUAUUAUACAUCAGAAACGGUAACACUGUAUUUGACAAAUGAUAUAGCAAAAAUAUAUAUCUAUAUAAUAAAUUAAUUAGUGAAACUAAA